CUUCACUCAAUGUAAAUCCCGGAACUGCACCAUGGUCCAUGACCAAGAUUAAUGGUAGCGGGUCCUAUAUUUCUAUUUGGGUAGUAUUCCCCACAACCUAAUACCCACCACUUGGUACUUUGUACGUUGGAGAGUUGGAGGGUGGAAAUUAACUUUUGGCAUCCAGGUUCUCGAAACACAAUGAUCAUCUGUAAGCCAGAGAUGCGACGAUACCAAGUAUGGACCGUACUGUACUUAUAUACACGAGCUUUCCAACUCUCGUUUCCAAGCUUCUUUUGCUUCCCAGCCGACUUUGUUUGGUCGCUUCCGUUCGUUCAACUUCUUCUGCACACUAUUAUUUUCAUUAUAUCUCUUUCAACAUAACCAUUAUAUUCAAUAAAAAAACUCAUUUCGAUCCCUCUCCUUCUCAAACCUAUAACGUCCUAAAAAUAUACAUCAUGCGGCGCUCCUCCAUCGUCACCGCCAUUAUUAGCUGCCUUUCUAGCCUUUCAACCACCACCGCUUCUCUCAUUCCGAUCGAUGCUCGGUCUUCGGUUUCUUUGAUCGGCUCACCACAAAUUAUUGAAGAAAGAGACAGCGAACAACUUAAAGCAAUUGGGAAAGAAAUUGGCAAAGAAAUUCAGAAACAGGUUAUUUCAGCUGUUGUUUCAUCUGCCAUCGCCGGUGCCAUCGGUGGUGGUAACCCACUUUUUUCUUUUGUAGCAAAACAGGCCGUCAAGCAGGCAGUCGAUGUUCUCCAAGACUUGGGAGAAUGGGAUGGGGUAUUUUCAACCCCCGUAUGAUCACCAAAUAAAGUUUCUAACAUCUCCUUCAGGCUCGUCAAAAGUUCACCCAAGAAGUCACCGCUCAGAUGUGGGAUAUGAACCCAAGCCCAGAGACCAUCGUAGCCACCGUUUGCUAUAAUAAGGGUUAUGAUGUUAGCGACACAUCCAAGAUUGUGAGCUUGAUGGACGUCGAUUUCAAAUUAGGGAAAUUCAAUACUGAGUAUGUUUUCACUUCUACAAGUAUUGAGUUUCUCAAGACUAAUUGUACUUAGCUACGAUUGCAUGUACCUCGAAGGACCAAUACAAUUCUGGACUCGCGGUGAUGGCGGUUACCAAAAUCUUUGCUACAGAAAGGGGCCAUCUUGCUCCUACGAUGACAAUACUGGGGAUCUCAACUGCGCUACUAUUGGGCAACCACCACCAGGAAAUGGAGACCCAGAACACAACAGAAUGCAUUCUAAGUUGCACGGGCGUACAGAAAUGGACGUUUUUUAACUGUCUAUCUCAACUGCGCUGCUACUGGACAACCAGCACCAAGAAAUGGAUACAGAUUUUGUUUUGUGUUGAAGCAAAUAACGUUCCGUUGUAGCUGGUCUGCCAAAGUUCAAGGUGUCGACACAUUUUGUAGUGCCCUUCUAUUCUUGUACAUAUUAUUAGUAAUGACCCUUGACCUGAAGAUAAUGACAUUUUUUUUUUUCGAAACUA